AUGCGCAGUGUAGAAGUUGCAGAGGUCAAGGGACUAAAAAAGAUGGCCGCGAAUUGGCAGAGAGCAGCGAAUGGCCUCAGAGCUGGCUACAGGUGGUUUACAGGCGGCCAGAGCUUACGGGUGACGGGUUCUCGGGGAAAGGCGGGAAGGUCACCAAUGUUCUACGGAGCAGUGGCAGCUGCUGGAGUGGUGGCAGGGUACUCUGUGGUCUCAGUUGCAGCUGCUGAGGCAGAGCUCCACCCACCAAAGUACGCCUGGAGUCACAAAGGACUCCUCAGUGCUCUGGACCACCAGAGUAUAAGGAGAGGCUAUCUAGUAUACAAAGAGGUGUGCUCUGCCUGCCACAGUAUGCAGUACAUCAGUUUUAGAAACCUCGUCGGUGUCUCGCACACUGAGAAUGAAGCCAGGGUGCUAGCUGAAGAGGUUUGCUGCUGUAGUACACUGCACAAUCAGGACAACAUCCGUCAGAACUCCUCUGAUCUGAAUGAGUGUCCUGUAGGACAGUUUAGCUGCUUUAUGUGCUGUCCUGAUUGGGGAGGAAGGGUGUGGUUCCUCUAAGAGGGGCUAGAUUAGUAGCUUUGGUAGAGACUUCACAUAAACUAAGGGGCUGUGGGUUGAUUUCUUUUGAUGUGAGAGUGGGUGGGGACAGGGUAAGGGUCUGUAUGGAGUCUCAAUUGUCCAUCCUGUGAGCUGGCUCUCCCAGUUGAACAAAUUGCCCACUUCCUGCGUUCAAUGAUGCCACGACUGGAUCAAUGGUGCAUGUAUGGAUUGUGGUGGCUACCUUUCUCUCUCCCUCUGUCCUUGUAUGUGCAGUAUGAGUAUCCCGGAGACAAUGAUGAAGAAGGGAACCCAACCACUAGGCAGGGGAAAAUCAGCGAUGCCUUCCCCAACCCCUACCCCAAUGACGAGGCUGCCAAGUUUGCCAACAAUGGGGCCCUUCCUCCAGAUCUGAGUCUAGUGGUACUAGGAAGAGAAGGCGAAGACGACUACAUCUUCUCCAUUCUCACCGGCUACUUUGACCCUCCGGAGGGCGUGGAGGUCCGGGAAGGAAUGGCCUACAAUCCAUACUUCCCUGGCGGCGUUAUUGCCAUGCCACAGCAGCUCUUCCUUGAUUCAGUAGAAUACGAGGAUGGCACUCCAGCCACUGUGAGUCAGAUGGCAAAAGACGUCACUACUUUCCUCAGAUGGGCCAGUGAGCCUUACCAUGAUGACCGGAAGAGGAUCGGGUUUAAGGUCAUAAUGGUGACAUCUGUUCUAGCACUGGUAGCAUUCUAUUGGAAGAGACGCGUCUGGAGUGUCCUCAAGUCUCGCAAGAUAGUCUACUACAGCAAGGGCUCCUAGUUUGAAACAUUGUAGAUCUGACUCUAGCAGCAUGCAGUUUGUCUACUAGCGUAUUUAUGUGAGGUCGGUGAUGAGAUGUAACGUGACGUUGAAAGUGUACACGUGAUGAAAUUUUUUGCGCGCGCCGCCAGGCUACGUUAAUUACACAGCGAGCGCAACGAGUUGUGUCAGUGUAGACAGUCUUUCUAGCUUUUCUCUCUCUCGUCUCGUCGGCGGCCGUUUGUAAGACCAGCAGUCAUGUCAGUAUUUGAAGACAGUGGAGAAGCGGCCCAGACCGCCUACGAAGAAGUCAGAUCUGACGAUAACGAAACGAUGUGGUGUGCUCUCCAGUACGAUGGCAAAAAGCUGGAGGUGUCUUGCACUGGUACAGACUACUCCGAGCUUCUGGGCCUUAUGGGCGAUGACGAGAGAGUCUACGCCUACGUCCGGUUUGAGACGGGCGACGAGAUGAGCCGCAGAGCCAAGUUCGCCUUCAUUACGUGGAUUGGGCCGAGCGUGUCCCCCCUGAAGAAGGCGAAAGUCAGCACAGACAAAGCCUUCGUCAAAGCAGUGUGGCCGAAUUUUGGAAAGGAAAUCCUGGCAGACGAGAAGAGCGAGCUAAAGCAGGAGAAAAUCUUGAAGAUUUUAGAAGCGGCUAGUGGUGCAGCAUACGGCACAGGAAAAUAGACACUGCGGAGCCGUCAGAGAGUCACAGAUGCGCCCACAUUUCUAGUUCUAAUUUGUGCAAGACCUUUUUAAAACUGCUAUUCCUACCACUAGUAGCGCCAGGGUAGCCCCUUAGUCAUUGUCAUUGUAAAUGUAAGUUUUGCACUAGGUAUAUCAAGCAUUAUCAUUAUGCAGAGGUGCGUGUUUCUCUUGUACAUCACUUCUGCUUAGGUAUUGUGUGACUUACAGCACGCCUUUUAGAUUUUUCUCUCAAAAUGUGUAACAAUAAUACAUGGAAUUUUCGAGUGGAUAUUCAUGGCUGGAGGUUUGGGUUGUAGAGAUGUUGGCCAUAAAAGGCAAAAACUGGCAGUGUGGGUAGGAGCUAUUCAGGAGCAGGAAAUUCCUUAUAAUCUUCGGUAGGUAUAUACACACAACUAUUGUGAUGUGUGAGUGGUAGAUAAUGGCCGUUGUGCACCCAGUGGGCUAUGUGGAAUUGGUGUGUUGUUGGUCAGUGUCAGUAGCACUCUGAGAGGGAGGUGACAUGGGGUCUUGCGGGGAGGAAAGAGAGGGGGCUUCAUUCUCUGCCGGGAGGCCCAUAGCUCCACGAAGAGAGGAAACUUGAACCAAAUCUCCAGGCCUUGUCUGAGCAGUCAGCACCGCCAACUGGGUGACCAGUUUGGUAGCUACAGAGGACAGAUAACGAACGACAAGGGAAAGAGAUUGUUUCAAUACUACACUCAGACAAGAUAAACAAGAUCAGACACACAC